CCUAUUGAAUUUUAAAUGAAAAUUUUUUGGUCAAAUCGGCCAAAAAUUUGACAUAGCAUCUUUAAUGCGCAUGUAAUGUGUAUCAGUCGUUUACAUGGCUGGAACAUUAGACUACAAAUCAAUUAUUUUUAGGGGAACAAGGGGAUGCACAAUUUUAAUCGAACCAACAUUUUAAACAUUUAAAAGUAUUACUUCAUAAAAGCUUUUAUUCAUUUUUUUUAAUCUCAAAGGUCCAUAUUUCAAGGUGUAGCACAUUGGGCGUGGGCAUGUGCCCUGCCUCCCUGUAGCGUCGUCAUUGUUAAAAACCUUUGUCUUUUUAUAAAGUGAAACUAUUCAAACAAUUUCCGUUUCUUUCUCUUCUCUUAUUUGCACUGAAAACAAAAACACUUUCUGUGCGAGUUUGGGCAGUGUUGAUUUUGUGACGCGGGGCUGUUGUUAUACUGUACGCUGGGUGGAGUCUAUACUACUUGAAUCGAACAAAAAAUGGAGUUCGAGUGUCAAGGUUGUUCGAACAAAAGUGUCUCUUUGAUGUGCAAAAAGGGAUCACUAAUGUCUGCCUACAUACGUGAUACACGCUUGCUACCCAGUUUACUACAUACACUUUAACCUAAAUACUUGGAACAAAAUUAUUUUAAUAACGCAGACUGAGUACAACUAAACUGAACAGUUGCAUCAGAACAAAGUUUUUUCAAAAUGGCGGCAGAUUUCUCAAUCGUUGUUGUCUGCCUGUUAGUUGCCUUCCAUGCAGUCUCGGUGUCCGUUGCUCAAACUGUUGACCAGUUCUCGGAGGCUGGUGGGUUGGAAGGAAGCACAGUGCGGCUGUUUUGCCAAAUAACCGACCGAGGAAACUACGGAGUCUUCUGGUACAUUGAAGCUGGCGAAUUGCUGAUCUUAAGCUUCGAUUCUGCCGACUACGUUACGAACCGUCCGAAGUUUAAAAUUGAAGAAGACUUAACAAGUGGAUACUUUAACCUCACUAUUCAUGACUUGAAGAUGACGGAUGAAGGUUUAUACGAAUGUCUGUUGUCUGAUGGGACGUAUACCAUCAACGGAAAGCCAGGGACGGUUAAGAUUUUGCCGCCAGUGGCACCUCCUGGAGACCCCGUAUGCUCGGCGAGCUACAGGACGCCUCUAUCUGAAGGGGAUGAGAUUUCGGCGUCCUGUAUGACCGCCAGUGGAGGAAGACCAAACUCCCAGCUUACAUGGCAGGGUUUGAACGGUCAAGUGGGUCUGGCCGGUCCUGGGCCUAACCAUACCGUGAUAUGGGACGCCACACCGGCAUAUGAUGGGGCCGUGUUCACAUGCCACGAGGAACACCCGGCACUAGAUGGCUACGACAGAUCAUGCACAGUAGGACCUCUCACCGUACUAUACGCACCCUCGGUGAUGAUUUCGCCAUCACACCCAAAAUCCAAACUCGGUGAGUUGAUAACUUUAACAUGCUCUGCGUCAGCCAACCCACCCAUACAAAGAAUACAUUGGUUUCAUGGGAAUACAUCCCUCCCCAUCCCGAUGUCUAAUUCAACCAACUCGACGACUUCUCGCUUCUCCAUCGAAGAAGAGCGAGACUCGAACAGGAUUUUGCUCUCAUCACAUCUCAACAUCACCGAGGUAAGAAGCGAAGACUUCUCGACCGAAAUAACGUGCAGAGUGUGGAAUGCAAAUGCUUCAAGGAACAUAACCGUAACACUAAAAAGCCCUACCGUCCGGGUAAAAGAUAACAACGACGUGGAUAAUAACUCCCUAGCCCGGAACCCCCUCCUACUCAUCGCCGUCGACCUAUCGGCACUCGGUGGCCUCGCUCUAAUCGGGAUUCUGUUCCUCGCCGCACCGCAUCUCGGUUGUCUGGUCAGCGAUUCCUACCGGCAAAAACGGCGGGAAAAACAACUACAAAAACAGCUCAAACGGGAGAAGAAACUCGAACAAAAGGAGAAGAAACGUUCAUCAAAGAGGGAGAACAAUUUAGUCCCGAUUCAGUUUGAAGACACCGAGCUGGAGAUGUACGAGCAGCCGAUACAGAGUGGUUUGCAGGACAAUAGUAACAAUAAUGCCGAAGAAAGCGCGGGAAGGACCCCUUCGGACCAUUCAAGAAACACCAGCUUGUCGAAACUCAGUAAUUGCGUAGUUGAAGUCGACAACACGAUACUCGAAAUUACAUCGCCCUAGUAGUAGUUCAUAAAAACCCUGGGUGAAGCAGUAGUUCUGAGUUACAAAGUUUUUGCAAAAAACGUUGUUUGCUACACUGCAAACACUGAGGUGUCAUGCCACCAUGCGCAUGUCACAUACUUAUAUAGAUAAUGAAGAGAGAAUUUAAAGGCAGUGGACAAUAUUGGUAAUUACUAAAAAUAAUUGUUAUCAUAAAAACUUACUUGGUAACAAGC